ACAAAUAAAUAAACAAUUUAUAAAAUAGAAAGAAGAAAGAAGCUCAUUCAUCCCCCAAGAAAGAAAAAGGAAAAAACAAGGAGCAUCACUGCAUCAGUUUCAGUCUUUCAGACGUCUGGUUUCGUAAAUCCACGAGUCUCCUCCCCUCUCCUCUUCUCUUUACUACAUUAUCUCCUUCGCUCCCGCCAUGACCUAGUGCCAAGUGCCCUCCUUUCUCCCUUCACGCCUCCUUUCCCUUUCUUUCCUUCCGCCUUUCAAUCAUCAAUCCCAUCCCUUCUUCUCCUUCCUCCUUCCUCUUCUUCUUAUAUAAGAAAGAAAAGCUCUGGUUCAAGCCCAAGCUCAAAUUUUCCCUCUCCUCCAGCCUCAACUGCGUUCUUCGGUUCAGGGGAAAAGGAACCCAUCUAAAAGAAAAAGGUAACAAUGGGACAGAUAGCUACCAAAGCUCUGUUCUUUCUUUCUUUCUCUCAUGAGGCUCACAUGAAUUGCCACUGAUUCAGGCAAAAAAAAAAACCCCCUUCUGGCCAUUUCUAUUUCUUUUAUUACUUUGGUCUGGUUGCUUCUUCAACCCGUUUUCUUUCUCCCCUCUUUUCCCACCCUCCCCAUUGCUUUCAUCACUUCCUUCAACCUAUAGCAUUUAUCCACAAAGAAGUUAAGUUCACAGGGAGAGGGAAGGUGGAGAAGGAGAUCUUGUGGUCCUCUGUUUCUAGCCCUUUUAGAAACCUCCAGCUCCCCCCCAACUUUAGACGUUUAUUAUAAAAACCCACCACACCCUUCUCUUUCCCAUAUAUUCAGUCCCUCCUCUUCUUCUUCUUCUUCUUUCUUUCUUUCUGCUUUGAAUACAGGGGAGAUAAGAAAUGAACACUACAGGGGAGAUGUCCCCUGCAGCAGCAGGGGUUCCAUUCAACAUAGCCAGCCUGCUCUGCAGUCCAAUCACACUCGCAGCAGACAGAUCAAGCUUGUUACCGAUUCCUUCUCCUACCAGCAAUCUUGAUUUUCUCUCCACUUCUUAUCACUCCAUCAAUCCUCCCCAAACCAACACUGGUAGUAGCAAUACCAGCAGCCAGUGUGGUUCAGUGGAAGCAGGGGAGAUGAAGGACAGAUUACCGCUGUGGGGGAUGACAUCAAUCUGCGGGAGAAGGCCCGAGAUGGAAGAUGCAGUGGCUGUAGUUCCGAGGUUCAUGAGCGUCCCAGCUCGGAUGUUGGGCAGCCGGGUCGAUUCGACCGCGCAUUUCUUCGGUGUGUAUGAUGGCCAUGGUGGUUCGCAGGUUGCGGAGUACUGCAGGAAGCGAGUCCACGAGGCGCUGUCGGAGGAGAUCGAGGAGCUCGCGAGAGCGGGUUGUGGAGAGGAGGUGUUGAAGAAGGCCUUCUCCAAGUGCUUUCUGAGAGUGGAUGCAGAGAUCAGUGGUAGUGGUACUGGAAGUGGUGCUGCUGCUGUUGAGGUAGUCCCCGAGACGGUGGGCUCGACAGCAGUUGUCGCCACGGUUUGCAGGACGCACAUCGUCGUUGCAAACUGUGGCGACUCCAGGGCAGUGCUUUGCCGCGGCAAAGCAGCUGUUCCGUUGUCCGUGGACCACAAGCCCGAUCGAGAAGACGAAUAUGCAAGAAUUGAAGGUGCAGGAGGCAAGGUGAUUCAGUGGAAUGGAGCUCGAGUUCUGGGUGUUCUUGCAAUGUCAAGAUCCAUAGGUGACAGAUACUUGAAGCCGUGGAUCAUCCCUGACCCAGAAGUGAGAAUCGUGGAGAGAGCGAAAGAAGACGAGUGCCUGAUUUUAGCGAGCGACGGGGUGUGGGAUGUGAUAACGAACGAGGAGGCGUGCGAGGUUGCGAGGAGAACGAUUCUGCUGUGGCACAGAAGAAGAAGCAAUGCCCAGGAUGGCCAUAGUCAAGGCCAGACGACGAUGCCCGACGAUCCGGGAGCUGACCCUGCAGCACAAGCUGCAGCAGAGUCUCUGUCCAACCUUGCUCUGCAGAGAGGGAGCAAAGACAACAUAACAGUCGUUGUGGUGGACCUGAAAGCACAGAGGAAGUUCAAGAGGAAGACACAACAACCUCAGCAGUAGUAAUAACCUUAUCUUACCUUCUUAGGGCCCCUUUUUCGCCUUUUUACACAGCAGCAAAUGCAGAUUUUUAUUGCAGAUGCUUUCAUCGAAAUGACAUACAACGGCAGCUCUUGCUUCUUAGCUUUCAGUCUCAUGACUCGUAAUGCUUCUGCUGUAGCUGACGAUCUUUUACAAUGUACAGUAAGAUCUUCAACACAUACAACAUAACUAUGCAAUUUUCGCUUUUCGGAUAAGUGGCACAGCAUCCUAAUCUUUGUAGCCAAUUGCUUGAGUACCAUGAUUUUUUACGGUAAGGAGAUGCAUAAAACACAGUAAGUAGCAGACUGAACAGCUAACAGAGUUGGUAGAACAACAUUUACAUUACACAACACAG